CUUAAAAAUCCCCUUCAACGUGACUAACGGGCAUAAUCAUGUAUUUAAAAUAUCUAAUAAUUAUUUUAUUCUCAAUAAUAUGUGUUAGUUCAGAAUUGCGUGACAUAGAAGAAAUGUAUUUGAAUUUUUUCGUACAAAUGGAAAGUGUUAAAAAAUCAGUUGAUACAAUGAAAGUUCGCCUAGAUGUUUUAAGUGAAAAAAAUCCUAGCAACAAUUGUAAUUCUAUGGACAGCAAGUUUCUGCAAGUUUUUCAAAAUUUUGGUUAUGUUCUAAAAUCUUUGGAUGAUUUGAAUACUCGUUUGGAUAAUGCUUCUCAGAAUGAUAGAUCUAGUCAUCAAGAGGUUAAUUAUAACACGGAACAAUAUGAAGUUCUACAGAAUGCUUUUAUAAAGGCAAUAUCAGAAAUAAAAGGAAGGUAUUCAAUCUUACUGGAUGAGUUGAAUGCUGUUAAAAAAUCGGAAGAAGUACACAAGCAGAAAACUGAAGAUUUGGAAGUAAAAUAUUUGCAAAUUUUAAAAAAUUAUGAAAAUAUCAAAAAGUCAAACGAUGAUUUAAAAUUGGAAAUGAAAGCUUUAAAAGAACAAAUAUCAAAUAUUGUAACUAAAGAUAAGGCUAUCGAAAACUUUGAAAAGAAACCUUUAUUUGAUGUACGUGUUGAUAAGCUGCCGGCAACUAAACAGUAUUGUUAUCAAGACCCUGCACCGGUUGAUUGUAAAACCGCAACGAAAUGCACUCAAAAAAGUGGUUAUUACAAUCUAACUUUACCGGGCAAAAAGUCUAAACAAAUAAUGGUCUUCUGUGAUACCCAGACCAAUGGUGGUAAUUGGCUGCAUAUUUUACGACGUCAUGAUGGUUCGGAAAAUUUUUCACGUCCUUGGUCGGACUAUGUAAAAGGUUUUGGUCAAGUGGAUGGUGAAUACUGGAUAGGUUUAGAGAAUUUACAUGCUCUUACAAACUACAAUGGUCGCCAGCAAUUAUAUGUCUAUAUAGAAAACUUUGUAGGACAGUCUUAUUAUGCUCUUUACGAUGACUUUGUAGUGGGAAAUGCUAGCGAAUUGUAUGCAUUAAAAUCUAUAGGAAAACAUUAUGGCCUUGGUGAGGAUGAUAUGUCGUAUAAUGUUGGUUCAAAAUUCAGUACAAUCGAUAAAGAUAACGAUAGUUGGCCAACAGGAAGUUGUGCGGAUGAACGUCAGAGUGGUUGGUGGUAUACUUAUUGUUCCUAUGUUCAACCCACUGGCCAGUAUUUUUAUAAUAAGCCAUCUGGUUUAGGUAUUGUAUGGAGAAGUUUCGGCGGUCUAGGAUAUUCUCAUAAAGUUAUGCAGCUAAUGAUACGAAACUAUUAAUUAAAGUACUUAAUUCAUAUGAGAGGAGUCAUAACCCCUAAUGCUAGUACUAUAGACUAGACUAUAGACUAAACUAUAGACUAGACUAUAGACUAGACUAUAAACUAGACUAUAAACCAGAC